UCAUUGGCUGGCAGGCUGGGUGGGCUCCUGGAAAAUCUAAAACAAACGGAACGGAACGGAGGAGAAAGGAGUCCAUCCAUCCAUCCAUCCCCACGCAAGCAGGCACGGCGAUCUCUCCUCAAAUGUAGCGCCGGGGAAGGGGAAACCAAACCAAAUCGCCCCAAGCAAGCAAACAAACAAACCAAAACGAACCGAGGAGAGCACGAUACUGCGGCCAGGCGAGGCGAAUCGAAACCAUCCCUGAGAAAACGGGAAGCGGAAAAAAGGCCCUCCAAACCCAGGAGGGAGGGGAGCCCCCCCAACCAAUCCCGAGAUCCAGCGAGGGCCAGCCGCCGCAUUGCCGCAGAUCGAGAUGGCGCCGCAGCUGACCGGCGCGCCCGGCUCGGCGGCGGCGGCGGGCGGCGCCGCGGCCGUCAAGCCGCAGUUCCACCACUACCACCACCACCGCCUCGCCCCGCGCCACCACCACCCGCCCUCGCUCCUCUCCAAGCUCGCCUUCUGGUCCGUCUGCUCCCUCUCGCUGCUCCUCGCCUUCCUCCUCCUCGCCCCCUCCUCCGCCCCCGCCCCGCGCGCCGCCCCCGACGCGCCGCGCCGCUCCCUCCACGCCCACCCCGACUCCGCCGCCACCUGGGGCGGCGCCGCCUGGGAGAAGAAGGUGCGGGCCUCCGCGCGCGUCAGGCGCCCCGGCGGCCGCGGGGGGCUCUCCGUCCUCGUCACCGGCGCCGCGGGCUUCGUCGGCUGCCACGCCGCCGCCGCGCUGCGCCGCCGCGGCGACGGCGUCCUCGGCCUCGACAACUUCAACGACUACUACGACCCCGCCCUCAAGCGCGGCAGGGCCGCGCUGCUCGCGCGCUCGGGCGUCUACGUCGUCGACGGCGACAUCGCCGACGCCGAGCUCCUCGCCAAGCUGUUCGACGUCGCGCCCUUCACGCACGUCCUGCACCUCGCGGCGCAGGCAGGUGUGCGCCACGCGCUCGUUGACCCCAUGUCGUAUGUGCGGGCGAACGUUGCUGGCCUCGUUGCGCUGCUUGAGGCGGCUCGCGCGGCCGACCCGCAGCCGGCGAUCGUCUGGGCAUCCUCGUCUUCGGUCUACGGGCUCAACUCCCAUGUGCCUUUCUCCGAGCAUGACAGGACGGACCGACCCGCGUCUCUCUAUGCGGCCACCAAGAAGGCUGGUGAGGAGAUCGCUCAUGUCUACAACCACAUCUAUGGCCUCUCGCUCACCGCCCUCCGGUUUUUUACCGUAUAUGGGCCGUGGGGGCGCCCCGACAUGGCAUACUUCUUCUUCACCCGGGACAUUCUUGCUGGUCGGCCAAUCACGGUUUAUGAGAGCUCCGGUGGAGGCACACACCAGACCACCAUUUCCCGGGAUUUCACCUACAUUGAUGAUAUUGUGAAAGGAUGUAUUGGGGCAUUGGAUACAGCUGGGCGGAGCACAGGCAGCGGCGGCAAGAAGCGAGGCCCAGCGCCAUUCAGGACAUACAAUUUGGGGAACACUUCUCCAGUGCCGGUGACACAGCUUGUGGAUUUACUGGAGAAGAUGCUCAAGGUGAAGGCCGUGAGGAGGGUUGUCAAGAUGCCAAGGAACGGGGAUGUGCCGUACACGCAUGCUAACAUCAGCCUUGCACAGCGGGAGCUUGGGUAUCGGCCAUCCACUGAUCUCCAAACAGGGCUCAAGAAGUUUGUGCGGUGGUAUCUUGAGUACUACAAUCCUGAGUUGGCUGUGAAGCAGAAGCAGCAUGGCAGUAGCAACGGCAAGGGUUCACGCGGUCGGAAUGGCAGCACGAGCAGCGCAAGAUGACUGACUAUUCAGUUUCUGGAUGGCCCUCUUCUGACGGUGUGUAUCAGAGUUCUAGUCCAGUACUUAAUUCAUCAGAUUUUGAGAGGCCCGUUUUACCCAGCGCCUUCAAGUGAAACGAAACAAGCAUGAAGUAGUUAGUGUUGAAAACUGUUGCUUCUGUUUGCUUCCCUGUAGCUGCGCAUCACUCCCUAGUUCCAUUAGUUGGUUCUUAGGAUGACACUGCUAGGAAGAUUUUUCAAUCAUUUUGUGGAGCAGGCUGUGCAUUGCAAAGACUACGAUAGAUUCUUUUAGUGACAUUUGUACCACGAGAGAGAAGGAAGUAUAUCAUGACUGUUUCUUUUGUUCAAUUGAAGUAGCUUCGAUCAA